AUGUCUGGGAGCGGACUGAGCAGUCAAAUGAAAGCGGAAACCUGGAGCGAGUCCAGCUAUCCAUUCAACGAACCUCCAUUGGACGACAAGGAUGCAGGUGUGCACAAUAUCGAGGUUUACGCCGCGCAGUAUGAGCACUUCGGUUACAAAGUUCUUUUGUUCUUUUCUAUCUUCCUGAUUGCAUAUGCGUACGGACUGGACGGUAACAUCCGGUACACAUUUCAGACGUUGGCAACGAACUCCUACUCUCAGCAUUCUUUGCUGGCGACCGUUAACUGUGUCAUCGCAGUGAUUGCGGCGCCAGGCCAGAUCUGCUUUGCAAGGGCUGCUGACAUAUUUGGCAGAGCGACGAUCCUUUUCAUAGCCGUUGUGUUCUAUUGUAUGGGGACAAUUAUAGAAAGUCAGGCUACCACCGUGCCACGCUUCGCUGCCGGGGCUUGUUUCUACAGACUUGGCAUGACUGGUAUCGUUCUCAUACUGGAAACCAUCGCAAUGGAUUUCUCCCAUUUGAACUGGAGAUUGUUAGCAUCAUUUGUGCCCGCUUUACCCUUCAUCAUCAAUACUUGGAUUAGUGGCAAUGUGACGAGCGCUGUAGGUAGCAAUUGGAAAUGGGGGAUCGGUAUGUGGGCAUUCAUCUUACCUCUCUCGUGCAUCCCACUUGCCUGCUGCAUGUUGCAUAUGAGGUACUUAGCUCAGAAGAACGCCAAACAACAACUGAAAGGCGAAUUUAAGAUGUUGAAGACGAUGUCGUGGGCUGAAUAUAUAAUUGAGAUCUUCUUCUGGAGAUUAGACUUGCCCGGUUUGAUCUUGAUCUGUGUGACCUUCGGUUGUAUUUUAAUCCCAUUUACUUUGGCUGGCGGGCUGCAAGACAAGUGGAAAACCGCAGGCAUCAUUGCUCCUGAAGUGAUAGGUUGGGUAAUUGCUCUGCCUUUGUACAUGAUUUGGGAGUCUCUUUACGCUAGACAUCCGUUGACACCCUUUAAACUGGUGAAGGACCGCGGUAUAUUUUCAGCGUUGAUUAUCGCUUUCCAUAUCAACUUCAUCUGGUACAUGCAAGGCGACUACAUGUUCACUGUGUUGCUGGUUGCCGUAAAUGAAUCCGUAAAGUCUGCAACAAGAAUCACUAACUUGUAUUCCUUCGUUUCCGUGAUUACAGGUACGAUGCUGGGUUUCGUCCUGAUCAAAGUGAGAAGAACAAAACCUUUCAUCUUGUUCGGCAUAGGUUGCUGGUUCGUGUCCUUUGGCUUGCUGGUUUAUUAUCGCGGUGAUGUCGGCUCCCACUCCGGCAUCAUAGGGUCUCUAUGCUUGCUGGGCUUUGGUGCUGGUUUCUUCACCUACACGACACAGGCUUCGAUUCAGGCGUCCACUAAACUGCACCAGGACAUGGCUGUCAUCACUUCUCUGUACUUGGCAACCUACAACGUUGGUUCAGCUGUUGGGUCAGCUGUUUCAGGUGCAAUCUGGACCAACUUACUGCCUGAACAGGUCGAGAAAAGACUCGCAAACUCAACUCUGAGUGCACAGGCCUAUUCAGCACCCUUGGUGUUCAUUGAGACUUACACAUGGAAAACGCCAGAGAGACAAGGUGUGGUCGCGGCUUACCGAUACGUGCAGAAGAUCUUGUGCAUCGUUGGUCUAUGCUUCUGCGCACCGUUGCUGUUGUCUGCAUUCUUUUUGAGAAAUCAUAAGCUAGAGAACGUUGUCGCCCUUGCAGAUCUUGAUGAAAAGAAGUCUUUAGAAGAUGAUAAGACUGCGGAUUUCUAA